AUAUUAUUCGCUACUAGUUCUACUGUGUAGUGCACACUAUACGUACGCUCAGGACAUUCCUACGUACAGCAAUCACGUAUAUAUAGGUACCUAUAUGCGAUCUGCUCUCACGGCCAUAUUCUCUAUCGAUUACUGAAUGACAACCGCUCGGCACAAAGGCAGCCUCACUGCCUCAGCUCAGCCCCAGUCGCGCAGCUGCGUCGUCUGUGCGCGUGUGUACAAACAAACGCGCGAUCGCAAAAUCAUCUGGUGAGCACAGGUACUUAGGCGUGCGUAGUGCAUCGUCCGAUUCUUAUAAGUUAGUCGUUCUCGAGUCGCGAAAAGAGGAGAGAAGAGGCGGAAAACUGGCUGCUGCAGCGAUGGCCGCGGACGUGCUAAUAACCUGUCUACCCGACGAGGUUACCGAGCUCAUUCUCGAGCAUCCCCAGCUGAGCAUGAGCGACGUCCUCAGCGUCGCCUUCAGCUGUAAACACCUGCACCGCGUCGUUCUCGCGAGCGGCAAACUCUGGCGAGCCAAGUUUUUCCAAAGAUGGCCCUCACUGAAGGAGAUCUACCUGGAGCAGCAGAGGCUCCACCAAGUGCAGAACUGGGUGCAGGAGGCUCAGGCCAACAUCGGAAGCCGGAGGGCUGUGAUGAACCAGCUGGGCUUGAUGUCCGCCAAGUAUUACAAGAAGCAGGAGCUUUCACCCUCGGAGUUCGAGGAUUUCGAUCCUAUAUUCCGUCCAGAGAGAGGAGCCCAUCUCUUGGCCUAUCACUUCAUUGUUGACGAGCUGAUAAAACUGAUCGAGAGACCUGUGACGCAGAGCAAUUUGACCAACAAAUACUACGCGUACAAAGUCAUUCGGUACAUGAAGCAGAGUUAUUUGACUGAUGAGUGGAAUAGGUUCAUAGAGUUACCAGUGGAGAAGCAACUUCUAGAGAAGGGUGCUGUUCUUGUGGCACAGUGGAGUCAACCAGAGAGGCAUGUCACUUACAGUUAUGUGUGCGAUAUGCUGGACAAAAUUGUUGAGCAGGCUAAGGAGGUUCUCAAAGAGAGAUACCCUUCGCACUCCAUAUUUACUACUCCAGCAAAGCAGUUUGCCCACUGGAAGAAUAAUAACAUCGAUGAUAAUCAGUGGUCCACCGAAGAAACUAAGCAAGUCAUGAGUGCAUUGUGUGAAGUUAUGUUCAAUAGAUUAGGCUUUCAUGGGAACAGCGAAAUGUAUUAUUCUUCUGAAAAUUCGUUUAUCGACAAAGUACUUGAACUAAAGCACGGUAUUCCUAUUACGUUAGCUAUUGUCUUUGAAAGCAUCUGUAGGAGAGUCGGCGUAAAAUGUGAACCAAUGAGUUUCCCAUCUCAUUUUCUGUUACGUUGGAAAGAAAAAUAUACAGGUUUAGCGAAUCCCGACGCAGUCGAAAAUUUUUAUAUUGACGUUUUUAAUGGCGGAAGGUUUUUGACGAGACAAAACUGCCCACGCAUAGGUGGAGUGUCCAAAUGUCCAAUAGAAAGAUAUAACAAUCUGAAUGCAGCAACAGCUAUAGAAGUUGUAGAGCGAAUGGCUAACAAUUUGGAAGUGGCAAGCAGACAACGUACUCAUCUUAACGGAAGAGCUCCACGUUUGCGUUCUGCCCUUGAAUUACUACAUAUGAUUCGGCCACAUGAUACCGGUGCUAUCUUACACUUGGCGCGGUUUUAUAUGUUAUACCAAAUGGAUUUGUCGAAGUUAGUUAGCAUAUUAACUUACAUAAGAAUGGACCCAGAACUUACGUCCAGAGGUCCAGCAAAUCACAUUUUACAACUUCUUCAAGAUUACGAAAAACGCAUGAACGAUACAACUGAGGAGGUCGUCGAAGUUAAAAGACGAACACCGGACGUAAAAUUUGCGAUCGGAAUGAUAAUGAGCCAUGAAAGGUACGGGUACUUGUGCGUUAUAACCGGGUGGGAUCUGAAGUGUGAAGCAACGCCAGAGUGGAUCAAUGAAAUGGGCGUUGAAGAACUGAGUGGCGGUCGUAAACAACCAUUCUACAAUGUGUUUGCAGAAGACGGAUCUUCCCGAUAUGCGGCACAAGAAAAUUUAGUUAUGGCGGAUAGUCCUGGCUGGGUCAAUCAUUAUGAAGUAGGAAGAUAUUUUUGCCAAUUUAAAGGAACUCAUUAUGUACCUAAUGAAGAAAAGGCAAAGGAAUAUCCCGAUGAUGCUGAAGUACGAGAAAAACUACUUUCGAAAUACUUUUGACAUUAGUUUUGAGAUUUGUAAAUUUCUUUUUGUAACACAAGCACGAUUUUUGCAGACUGCCGGGCAAACAAAAUAGAAAAAAUGAAAAUGGUCAAUAGCUCACAUCAAAUAUACGUAUAUGUAUGUGUGUGUGUGCUUGUAUAUGAUCAUGUACACAUGUGUGUGUGUGUGUAAACGCAGAAAUCAGUACAUGCGUUACAAAAAAUAUGGUAUGCACCAAGGACUAAGCGGACUUUUUGUCCUCGUGUGGUUGCAGUACUCGUCUGCGGCUCCUUAAGGGAAUGUCGUCCCAAAAAACACUGUUUUCUAUUACAUAAAACUUUUUUAAUAUAGUUUGCAAAUGAAAAACCGAGUCUGUAGCGCCGUAGUGUUAAGUUUAAUGAAUCGUUCUACCGAAAGAAAAAUUCGAUCGGACUUUCUGUUUUUCUAGAAGUUUGGAAAUACAAAAUACCCCGUGGCAGAUUUGCGAAGCUUUUGGGACGACAGCCCCUUAAGGCCCUUGCCUUCGGCUCGAGCUAACUCGCCUUGACUCGUACUGCAAACUCCACACCCGGACUAAAAAAGCCCUCAUUACGCCCUUGGUACAUAAUAUACUAUUACAAACAUGUUGAUGUAUACAGUACGAAGUGCUUUCUUACUAUAAUGUGUACAAAGUAUUUUAUUUACGAUAUAUUUAAUAGUACAUAUUUUAUUAUUUUUGUGAUUUAGAAUGCCAAAUUCUAUAUUCAAUUGAACACUGAGAGAAAUAUUUCGCUGAUCUAAUCUUUUAACUUAUAUAGAAUAAUUUGUCAGUACUGGUGAAAUAAUUUAGUCAGUAUAAUAUUAAACUAAUUUAGUUGAAAUCAGGAAUUCAACUAUCGUUUUUCUUGUGUCUUAUAUAUGAACGUUAUUCGCUAAAGGUGAAAAAAAUCCAAACGUUUUUUGGACUUUAAAAUUAUAAGAUUUUUUGUCAGUUGCUUAUGGGAUUAUCAUUAUUACAAUCUAUAUCAAUUAUAUGCUUUUCGCAUUCUGUUAAUCAAUACGAUGUAUGGUAGGUGCAUUAUUGGCAAAAUUAUUUCUCCCAGUGAACUUUCAAACGAGUAUUAUAGUAUGAGGAACAGUUUUAUUAAAUUAUGUACGCAAGCAUUCAUUCUAGAUUUGAUAAUGAAUCGAACUUUCUAUAAGUAUAGGCAUAAAUGUUAACUACUGUAAUAUACACUUUAAAAAUUUUUGAAAGAUGUAACCUGAUAUUAUGUAAAUACUUGCUAAUUUUGAAGUUACAUUUUUAAGCGCUUGCCUUUUAUAAUCGAAUAAAAAAAUAUAAAACUUUGAGCAAAACGA